GAGAAAGAGAAAGAGCUACCAGAAAGAGUCUCAUCCUGAAAGUAAAAGACUGCUGCAUCUCAUUCUUCCCAUAGAAAAAAGUGCUCGUAGAAAUGACUUCCACUAUGAAAUACUGGAACGCAUUUGGCUUUUACUUCAUUGUUCUCAACUAUAAUGUGACCAUCGUAGGAAAGAUUUGGUUAAUCUACAUGAUCCUGAUGAGACUGAUGGUGAUCUUGUUUGGGGCCUACCCUGUCUAUGACGAUGAAUUGACAGCUCUCGUCUGCAAUACUGAAGAGCCAGGAUGCGCAAGCAUGUGCUAUGAUGCUUUCAUCACAAUCUCUCAAGUUCGCUUCUGGUUUUUUGAGUUUAUGUCUGUCCUGAUCCCUAUUGCAGUGUUUAUCAUGUGUAUCUUGCACAGUGUGGUCAAGCAAGUGGUGAAGAUCUAUUCUUUCCCUUGCACUUAUUGCAAGCAGACAAAAAUAUCCACCGUCUUCAGUGGUGCACAAACCAUCUUCAAUGAUGCAGAAAAGAGCAGAAUCUCUUGUGCUGCCCAUGAAUUGACAAUUCCUGAUUUCUCACGGGCCUAUGCAAUUCAUCUAUUUGUGAGGCUGAUGAUAGAAGUGGGUUUCAGAAUUAGCAGUUAUUGUUUGUUUGGUUUCUUCGUUCAGAAAUUAUACAGUUGUACCGACGAAUCUUGCUCAAGUAAAGUAACCUGCUUUAUCCCUAGGUCAACUGAAAAAUCUACCAUGAUUAUCUUACUGUGGAUUGUCAGUGCUUUCUCCUUAAUUCUUGGCCUGGUUGACCUCUUUGUGGCUAUAAAAGAUUGCAGGAGUAAGCGGCGUGGAGCCAGCAUAGCAGAGCUAAGCAGGAGCCGCCUGCACCGAGAACCAAGACCGAGCAGAGAUCUGUUCAGCCUGAGAAGUGUCGCCGUGGCUGAGGAUUGUAGCACUCUUCCCAAGAAAACCUACAAGAAGGAACAGCACCCUGCAAAAGAUCUCAGUUGCUGAAAUCCUAAAUCUGCAUUGAGCUGAGAAAGCCAUGCAUGCAUUAUCCUUUCAUUUACAAACCAUAUAUAACUUUUUGCAGCAUUUAACUCUUGCUUAUUUAGAAAGGUCCACUUUAUAGAAAAAAAAGGGAGCUGGGUGACCCUAACUCUCUCUUCCCUCACUUAGACAGUGUUCUUCAACCUAGGCACCUUAAAGAGGUAUAAACUUCACAUUUCUCCAGCCAGCCAGACAGCCAGCCUUCCGUUUCAGACUAUUUUUUUAAAAAAGAAGAUUGUGCCAUACAGUAUAGGCAAUUGAUUUUUGAGAGAGGGUGGAGAGCUAAAAAAUAUAUAUGAAAGUCUUGACUUUUGGAAACAACACGCUCUCUUGGAGCACUUAUAUAAACUUUUACUUAGAUAGGAUCCAGAAUAAGACAGAAUAACCCAAAAACACGAUGAUCAAAUUGAUGCAAUGUUUUAAAGAAACAGUUGUCGCACAACAAUGAGGAAAAAUAUGGCAUGGUCUAUAAGAUAUACAUCAAAUUAUAACUUAAAAUAAAAUAGGUACAACAUAUCCUACCAAUGGUAUACAGUUCCAUUAAUAAUAUUUAAGAUAAACAGUUAAUACAGUAGUAAAUUUUGGAAACAGAAGGACUGUUUUUAAUAGAGAUGUAAAAAUCCCACAAAGUACUGAAAAGAUAUACCUAGUACAAUGCCAAAAAAAUAAUAAUUGGAAUUUAAUUUGAAAUGAAACCACAACUCUUGUUAGUAGCUAUAAUCUCACAAAAAAAAUAGAAAAUAAAUUUUGCUCAGCAUUGGAAGGAAUAUAUAAUUCUGAUCAUAUCUAACUGAAAUUUGAAGAACAUGCAGCAAUGGAGAAUUAAUAUAAGAAAAGUUUAAGCAAUUUUAAACAAGAACAGUUGCCAGACAUACAAUAUAACAUGCUGCGUGGCAAAAACCAUCACAGUCUGCCAUCUAAAAUCAACAAUUUGACACAUUAGUAGAUCUACAGAAGAGGGAAAUUAGAAACCCUUUAGUUCUUUUUCUAUUAAAUUUCCCCCUUUAAAUAUUAAUUUUUAGUAUUUAAAUUAUUCUUAUAUUAAUUUUGCUUACCAUAUUUUUUAACAUUCACAGAUAUGUGAAUGCAUCUAUAUCUAUAAUUUGAAAUCUUUAAUGCAUAACAAAUAGUUUGAUAAAACAUGCAAACAGAUUAAAUUGCUUUUUAUCAUAAUUUUUCUUUUUUUAAAAAAUGCACACACAUACGUAUGAGUGUGUGGGUGUUUAUAUCUACAUCUAUAUCUACAUACAAAACAUUAGAAUUUAGACUUAAUACUUCAAGUUCAAGUCUGAAAUCUUUAUUGCAGAACAAAUACUGUGAUGCUACUUGCAGAUAGAUUAAAUUGCUUUUGCCUUAUCAUACUUUUGUGUUUUUAUUAACAUGCACAUACAUAAUUACAUAUGCAUGUAUAUGUCUCUAUAUCCAUAUCCAUAUUACAUAUAAAAUAUUACAAUAAUGACUUCAAUACCAAGCAACUAGCUCAAAGUUAGCAGCUUUUAUUACUCAAUAAAUACUUUGGUAGGCUUUUUAUUAUUAUUAUUGUUAACUCUUUGUAACAUCAGUAUCGUAAAUUGUAAAUCCCACUGUGCAACUUCUUUGUUCUUUUUAUUAUCUCUAAUGCUCAAAGUUCUCUAAACUUUAGAACAUAAUUAAUAUCAAUUAAUCCUGUACUAAUAUCAUUGU